GCAACAUGGGCAAGAAGAAGGCCGCGGCGGGGCCGGGCCUGGGGAGAGCCCUCCUCCGGGAGCGGGGACAAGGCCGCGGGGGGAAGCAGCGGGGAGACCCCGGAUGGCUCCACACGAGUGACUUAAAUGACGGCUAUGACUGGGGGCGCCUCAACCUUCAGUCCGUCACAGAGCAGAACUCGCUGGACGAAUUCCUGGCUACCGCAGAGUUGGCAGGAACCGAGUUUGUGGCAGAGAAAUUGAACAUCAAGAUAGUUUCUCCUGAGGCUCAGACUGGCCUGCCGACAGCAGAAGAGGCCCAGAAGAUCCAUGAGCUUCAGGAGCAGCACAAGCAAUUCCUCUGCAUCCCAAGGAGGCCACACUGGAACAAGCAGACCAGCCCUGAAAUGCUGAGCCAGGCGGAGAGGGACGGCUUCCUGGAGUGGAGGAGGCAGCUGGUUCGGUUGGAGGAAGAACAGAAGCUCCUUUUGACUCCCUUUGAACGAAAUACACAGGCUUACCUUUCCUUUUCCCUUUGCAGUGACGUUGUGGUCCAGAUCGUGGAUGCCAGGAACCCCCUCCUCUUCAGGUGCAGAGACCUGGAAAGCUAUGCCAAAGAGAUCAGCCCCGAGAAGGAGAACCUCAUCCUGCUGAACAAGGCUGACCUGCUGAGCGAGGAGCAGCGCGCUGCCUGGGCCCAGUUCUUUGAAGAGGAGGGGGUCAGGGUGGUCUUCUGGUCGGCCCUGGCGGAGGGCAAGAGGCUGGCUGCACUCUCUAAGGGGACAGAGGCCACAGAGGGACCGGGUCCGGAGGAGGAAGCAGCUUCCUGGCCGAGGGAGGGCCGGACCCUGAGCAGCCAAUCCGAGAGCGACCCAGGCUCCUCCUCAGAGGAAGAGGACUCCUCGGAGGAAGAGAGCGACGCUUAUGAGGACUGCGAGGAGGAUUGGGAGGGGGAGGAGGCCUGGCUGACGUGCUCCGAGGACGAGGGGAGCGGGGCCACAGGCGGGGAGAGCAGGACGGAGGGCCUUGAGACCCCCAAAGGGCCCGGACCCCCGCUGCAGCACCCCCCCAGGAACAGCAGCCACUUAGUGCAGCGAGAGGAGCUCCUGCAGGUCUUCCGCUCGGUCCAUGAAGGGAAGAAGACCGUCAGAGACGGGGAAGUGACCGUUGGGCUGGUGGGCUACCCCAAUGUCGGAAAGAGCUCCACCAUCAACACCAUCCUGGGGAAGAAGAAGGUCUCUGUCUCGGCCACCCCGGGGCACACGAAGCACUUCCAGACGCUGUACGUGGAGCCUGGGCUGUGCCUGUGUGACUGCCCCGGCCUGGUGAUGCCCUCCUUUGUUUCCACGAAGGCUGAGAUGAUUUGCAGUGGGAUCCUGCCCAUUGACCAGAUGAGGGACCACGUCCCCCCGGUCUCUCUCGUCUGCCAGCGCAUCCCCCGUUCCGUUCUGGAGUCAACCUACGGCAUCAACAUUGUCCGGCCGAGAGAAGACGAAGCGCCUGAUCGGCCGCCCACCUCAGAGGAGCUGCUGACCACCUACGGAUAUAUGAGGGGGUUCAUGACGGACCACGGGCAGCCGGAUCAGCCCCGCUCGGCUCGCUACGUGCUGAAGGACUACGUCACAGGCAAGCUGCUCUACUGCCACCCGCCACCCGGAACAGAUGCCCAGGAGUUCCAGCACUGGCUCAAGAGAGGCAGCCCAGCCCCCAAGGCCCCUCCCCCUUGGACAAGGGCACGGCCGGGCCAGAGCCGGAGGACCACGCAGGUGGACAACGGGGUGGAUGCCGACUUCUUCCACCAGGAGGACAUCCGUGCCUUCACGCGGGGCAGGCAGUCCUUGGCGCUGGGCUCCCAAGGAGGACUCUCUGGCCAGCGGGGCUUGCCCACCUCCGGCGCCAAGGAGGGCGGCCCAGGGAAGCCCUGGAAGAAGCACGGCAACAGGAACAAGAAGGAGAAGCUCCGCCGUGUCACCAGGCACCUGCAGGCCUGAGAGGGGCCGGGCCCGCCGGGAAGCAGUGGGGCAGUCCAUCUGCCUGUGGGCAGCACCCUAUUCAGUCAUGGCAGCCCUCCUCAUCUCCUCCUUCACCCCACCCCUGGACUGCUUUUGGGGAGCUGGGACCGAGGGGGGGGGAGGUGCCUGGGGGACUUGGUGGUCCCUUUGGCCUCUGUUUCCAGGUCCAAGGAAGCUGCUGUGCAAGGCAAGAGACCAAGCAUUUCUCUCCUGGGGAAUAAAGUUUUGCUACCUUUC